AUGAAGACAAAAGAUGUGCAGUGGAAGUGUUUUUUUAUUUUCUUUUAUUUAACAAUUAUAUCCACAGAGAAGACGUUUUUUGUGAAUCUCAAAGAAUUUAGAAACGGACAGCAAUUGGUUGACGAAAUAAUGAAAAAAGCCAAAGCGAUGCACUUGUCUAAGAGCGAUACUAUUAAAAGAUUUCGAGUAAAUCCACUUAAAAACUCCAAUUUAAUUGGUAUAACACCAGUUAUUUCAAAACUUAUACCAGGCGAACAAAAAACUGAAGCAGGUGGCGGAGGCCAAAAGCCAGAGCAAAAACCUCCUGAACAAAAGCCUGAACAAAAGCCUGAACAAAAAACUGAACAAAAGCCUGAACAAAAGCAGGAGCAGAAGCAAGAGCAGAAGCAAGAGCAGAAGCAGGAACAAAAACAAGCAAAAGAAGAAAAAAAAGCUCAAAAAGAACAACAAAAAAAGGAAGAAGCGCCUAAGAAGGAAGAGAAGAAAAAAGAAAUGGAACAGCAGAAAGAAGAAAAAAAAGCACAAAAAGAGCAAC